AUGAAGAUCACUGUAAUGACAGCCGAUGAAAAAAUCCUCACCCUAGACGUCGAUCGCAACGAAUCUGUCGAGAACUUGAAAGCUCUUCUGGAAGUGGAGACAAGAGUGCCACUGCAGCAGCAGCAACUGCUAUAUAAUGGAAGGGAGAUGAGGAAUGCUGAGAAAUUUGGCGCUCUUGGUGUUACUGAUGGAGAUUUGGUGAUGAUGGUCUCAAAUGCUUCAUCUUCUGGUGCUAGAGCAUCCCCGAAUGAGGCAGGGUUCAAUCCAGAUGGUUCUGCAAUGAACCCCUCAGCUUUGCAGCAGCAGUUGCGUAACGAUUCUAAUGUGAUGGCCCAGCUGUUCCAGAGUGAUCCCGAGUUGGCACAAGCUAUCCUUGGAAAUGAUCUUGAUAGGCUACAAGACAUUUUACGCUCUCGUAAUCGCGCGAGAGGUGAAUUACGGCGUCAACAAGAAGAGGAAAUGGCUUUACUUUAUGCAGACCCGUUUGACGUGGAGGCACAGAAGAAAAUUGAAGCUGCUAUUCGCCAGAAAGGAAUCGAUGAGAACUGGGCUGCUGCAGUAGAAUACAACCCUGAAGCUUUUGCGAGGGUGGUUAUGUUGUAUGUUGACAUGGAAGUCAAUGGUGUUCCUUUGAAGGCCUUUGUUGAUAGUGGAGCUCAGUCAACAAUUAUAUCUAAAAGCUGUGCUGAGCGUUGUGGAUUGUCGAGGCUUUUAGAUACGCGGUAUAGGGGUAUUGCACAAGGAGUUGGUCAAUCUGAGAUAAUUGGUCGGAUACAUGUUGCCCCCAUCAAGAUUGGGAAUAAUUUUUACCCGUGUACCUUUACUGUCCUGGAUUCUCCCAACAUGGAGUUUCUUUUUGGGCUGGAUAUGCUCCGCAAGCACCAGUGCAUAAUUGAUCUAAAGGAGAAUGUCUUGAGAGUUGGUGGAGGAGAGGUUUCUGUGCCUUUUCUGGCAGAAAAGGACAUUCCUUCUAAUUUAUUUAAUGAAGAGAGGUUGACAAAGGAUGCAUCUAGCUCAGGAGCACAAGCAACAUCUGUAUCUAAGGAGAACAUCAAUAGCCCAACAGUAAGACCUUCUGCCACCGGAAGCACUGGCAGGAAUGCUGCACAGGGACCUGAUUUCGAAGCAAAAGUUGCAAAGCUUGUUGAGCUAGGAUUUGGAAGAGAGCAAGUGAUUCAAGCUUUGAAGUUUUUUGAUGGCAACGAAGAACAAGCUGCUGGAUUUCUUUUUGGGGGCUGA